UGAUUAAAAUUUAUACAUUAGUGUCAAGCUUAACGUCGAGCUUAGCGGUUCUUUUCAAGAGAGUAAAUAGAUACAGCGAGGACGCAAUCUUAGUGGAGUUGAUAGUUUCUUAACUGAAACUUAAUACAGAAUCAAUUAUGUAUUUUCCAUUGAUCUUUACUGUUUUAGUUAGCUUCGAUUUAACAGCCUUCGCCACCAAACCACCUCGUUGGGAUGCUACAUAUAUUACCAAAGGCACUCUUUAUAUUCCGUAUGCCGAAAUCGCUGAACCAUUUUUCGCUUGGUAUGAUAAAAAUACGCGACGAUCACGUAUUGAUUACUAUGACGGUAUGGUGAAAACUUAUCAGUUGGCUGGUGAAGACCAGUAUGGCACCUCUUUAAAAUUAGCUCCAGUUACCAAUAAAAAUCAAUUAAAUAAAGUAACUUGUCUUCAAUUGAAUGGAACUGCCGAUAAUCGUAUUCAAAUACAGUCCGUAUUACCGAACGCAACAGAUUUUCAAUUAGUGGGCACGGAAACUUUUUUAGGACUUGUUUGUGAUAAAUUCCGUUUAGAAGAGACGAUAGAACAAAAAAAGAAUGUCUAUACUUUAUGGGUGCGCUACAAAAAGUCACCUCACUAUCCCGGCUCUCGUAUGCCUAUACCCGUGCGCUACGAAAUGCGUGGUUACAAUACUUUAUUGGGUUCUCAUUAUGAUCAUUACUAUCUGGAUUAUGAUGGUUAUGAGCACGAUGAUAUUCCAAACGUAAUAUUUGAAUUGGAUCCCGAUAUGGAAUGCGAGGGUUUUCCAGGUCCUGGGAAAGGUCACUACGCAACUUUUAAUCCAAUGGAAGAAUUUAUCCAUCCCGCUACACAACAUCAUGUAGAUCAUGCAUUCAACCACUAUAAGAAUAAACACAAUAUCAAAUAUCAGACAGAGGAAGAACAUGAAUAUCGUAAAAAUGUAUUUAGACAAAAUUUACGUUUUAUACAAUCAAAGAGCAGAGCUCAACUCAAUUACGCCUUGGCUAUCAAUCAUUUAGCUGACAAAACAGACGAGGAGCUAAAAGCCUUGCGAGGUUUUCGAUCAACAGGCGUUUACAAUACGGGUAAACCUUUUCCUUACGAUGUAAGUAAACUAAAGGAUCAAAUACCAGACCAAUACGAUUGGCGUUUAUAUGGAGCUGUAACACCAGUCAAAGAUCAAUCUGUUUGCGGAUCCUGCUGGUCGUUCGGUACUAUUGGGCACGUUGAAGGAGCUUAUUUUCUGAAGAAUGGUGGAAAUUUGGUGCGUUUAUCACAACAGGCUCUAAUCGAUUGCUCUUGGGAAUACGGUAACAACGGUUGUGAUGGCGGCGAAGAUUUCCGUAGCUAUCAAUGGAUGAUGCAAAUGGGCGGGGUUCCUACGGAAGAAGAAUACGGUCCAUAUUUAGGGCAAGAUGGCUAUUGCCAUGCUCAAAAUGCUACAUUAGUCGCUCCUAUUAAAGGAUUUGUUAAUGUCACCUCCAAUGAUCCGGAUGCCUUUAAAAUUGCUUUACUCAACCAUGGUCCGUUGUCAGUAGCCAUCGACGCUUCUCCCAAAUCUUUCAGUUUCUAUUCUCACGGCGUUUAUUAUGAGCCUAGUUGUAAAAACGGCAUAGACAAUUUAGAUCAUGCUGUGCUGGCAGUCGGCUACGGUAAAAUGAAAGGCGAACACUAUUGGCUGAUCAAAAAUUCUUGGUCUACUUAUUGGGGUAACGAUGGCUACGUUUUAAUGUCAGCGCGCGAAAAUAACUGCGGCGUUAUGACUACACCUACUUUUGUGGAAAUGUAAACGGUGAAUUUGAGAAUCAUACGCACGCCAUGCACUCAAUCAUAUUUAUUCGCUAAAAAGCUUUACUUUGAUAACUUUACCUUUUCAUUAAUUAUAUAAAUAAAAAUAUCUAAAUGAAAGAAACCUUUUCAAACCAAUAAU